AUGUCGGUGCGGGCGGCGGGGGCGGGCGAGGCGCGCCGGGGGAGCUCCUGGAGGAGAGUUGUCCCAGGUGGACCGGUGCUCGAGGACGCGCUGGGGCCGUCGGAGGCGCAGCCACCUCGUCUUCAACCUCACGUCAAAGGAGUGGCUCAAGCACUCGACCGGUUCCGCGAGAGCAUGGAGGAGGUGGAGCGGCGCUACCAGUGCGUGAUGGUGGCGGCGGUGCAGACGGUGGAGUCGGCGGCGCAGGGGCUGCGCGUGCUCAACGUGUUCAAGCCGCUCGCCGCCAGGAAGUCCCUCUUCUCCGUUUUCUACGUUAUGAUCGAUCAUAUCCUGAACCUGUUCGAGCGCGACUUCGAGGAGGUCGAGAAGGAGUACGUGUUCCGCUCCAUGAAGGUCGGCACCAGCGGCUUCUACUUCUCCAAGAUGGCCAAGUGGGCUACCGACACGCGCAAGAAACUCGAGCAUGAAGUCAAUCUCCUGAAGAACCAGUCGUGGCUGCCCUACUACCCGCGGCUGGACACGGUGUACGAGCGGUGGGCGAGGACGGUGGCGCUGCUGCAGGGCGUCGUCCAGAACAUGUACGCCGCCUGGAACGCGUCGCUGGAGCCGCAGCCGUCCAGGAGGCUGACGGCGCCCGUGUUCGUGUGGAAGCCCGGCCCCGUGCAGAACAUCCAGGCCAAUUUCGAUGUCCACCUGAACAAGAACCUGGAGGAGACGAAGGCGUGGAAGGAGAUGGGUUUCGAGGUCCCGGAGAGCCUCAACCACAUCUUCCAGGAGAGUGAGGUGUACCUGAGUCUCAAGAAGCAGGUGCUAGAGUGCUGUGGGAGCUUCAACAGCUUCAUGACCCGGAUGUCCCGCCACGAAGCGCAGAUGUUCGAGGGUCAGGUGGAGAAAGUGGUCCGGGCCUUCUACCCGGGCCUGUCCUCGGUCACGUGGGUGCACCGCCAGCAGGCCUCUGCCCUACUGAGCAAGUGCAAGACCAUCGUGGAUGCCUUCCAAGCGCAGCUCUCCUACUACCUGACUGUGAACCAAAAGCUCUCGUCAACGCUGAUGGAGGCGAAGGAGCUGGUGCUUUUCACCAAGAACGAUGAAGUGAUCUACGAGAACGAGGGCUUCCAGGAGGACCUGGAGCUCCAGCGGGCCCAGGCCAUGAAGGAGGUGAAGGAUGCGUUCCUGCAGAUGGAACAGGUCUUGGACAACUUGAACAAAAAGAUGAUUAGCAAAUCUAUCCCCGAAUCUGUCGAAGCAUGGACUGCAUAUGUCUUCAGGAUUGACAACCUCUUCUUGGACUGCCAAAGGGAGAUCCUGAGGAAGUCCUUGCUCAUGUUCGAAGGAAUGCUGAUGGGGUCCCGCAGCUGCCCCACUGAGCAGCUGGCCCCAGUCUUCAAGAUUUCAGUCCGCCUUCUGGACGGGAAGAUUGUGUGCACGCCAUCAGUGAGUCGAAUCUCAGAGGCUGUUUCACAGUUGCAAAAGGUGUUCUCUGAGAGCCUGAGCAAGAUACCCUGUCUCUUACGGAAAUUUGCAUUAGAGAAAGCGAAGGAACACGACCACUUAGCAGCACUGCAAGAUGAAAUGUGUGAUAAACUCCAGACAAAAUUGACGGAAGAGUUUGAGAAGCAGGUGAACACUUUGAAAGGGAAGUUGGAAGAGUGGCAGCAGUACCGGGACUUAUGGGAAGUUGACAAGGCAGAAUUUUUCCAACAUUACUUGAGUUGUGCCAACAGUGUCUACAUCUUCGAAACCGACAUCAUGACAUUUGAACGUAAGCUCAAUGAGAUUGAAGGCAGUAAUGAUAACAUCAAAGUAGGGACUUUCUAUGCAAACUGUGAGGAGCUGAAGGUACAGCUAUCAACCCUUUGCCGUUCUUGGAUAUCAGAAUUUGAAAAUAAUCUAUUCAAAAUCGCAUCUGAGAAAUUGGACACUCUGUAUAGUUACGGCCAAAAGACCAAUGCGCUUCUGGAUAGUGACCCACAGGACAUUCCGUCGCUCCUCACAGCAGCUGACGAAUGCCACCUUGCCAAGAAGCAGUUGGCCUUGUAUAGGGAAGAAUUCACACCAGUGAGGGAGCAGUUCCAUGUAUUAAAGAAGUACCGCUAUGUUAUCCCUUCUGAUGUGGAUGAUCGUCUUGCUAAGUUGGAAAAGGAAUGGGAUUCUGUGGAAGCUGCACUGACUAAUAAAAUCCAUGAACUGAACACUGACCUCAACGCACACAGGAAAAAAUUCAGUGAUCGUUCAGAAAUUGUAAUGGAGGAAGUGGACGCCUUAAAGCAGUUCUUCAAGCAGACGUUGCCAACAAGAGUAGACAAGACCAUUCCAGAGGCUAAGGAGAACUUGGCCAAACUCAAAGAAAUGAUGGACGACAUUGUGAGCAAACUGGACAUCAAUGAGAAUCUAGAGCUGCUGAGUCUGCAAGUGAUUGAAUUUUCUGAACUGACGGGGUUCCAGCAUGACCUAGUUGCAGCAGAAAAGAUAUGGCUGUUGCUGGAAGAAUGGCAGAUAACGUGGGAAAAGUGGGCAGACUUAGUUGUGUGGGAAGUGAGUGUUGUGGCUCUGCAAGAAAUGCUGUCUGUUUACAGUCAGAAAAUCAGGAAUAUUCAGCCCUUUGCAGCUUUGAAUCUGGCAAAUAUAAAAGAAGGUACUGUGAUGGGUGAGAGCGAGUGGGAAGUCAAGGAAGAGGUGCUCAGUCACAUUGAAUUAUGCAAACUUCUUGUACCUUUGACUCAGAAUCUACAAACUGCUAAUUUAAAAUCUCAUCAUUGGGAUCAAAUCAAAUACCUUGUCAAGGCUGACAUUGAUAAGGAUUCUGAGAGCUUUACACUUGGGUACCUCCAAAAACUUAAUCUAACUUCUUAUAAAAGAGAGCUAGCAGAUAUAAUGGUGGAUGCCUCUGAAGAAACGAAGAUUGUCAACAACAUUAGAGAUAUUGAGAGCCUUGCCUCACAAAUUACAAUUGACAUGAGGGCUAUCCCCUCCAUGGGUAUCUCGGUCGUACAGUCAACUGUUGAGGCAAACUCUACCAUUGCUGAACUCAACAUGCGGCUGCAGAUUCUGGCUGGAUCUCAUCAUGCCAAACCCUAUCUAGAUGAGGUACAGGAUAUUCAGAAGAUGCUCUCCUCCAUGAUCAGUUUCCUUGAAAAUGUCGAGCUCUUGCAGAAAAAGUGGUCUGCCUGGGAGCCCUUCUUCCAUGUGAUGGAUGUCAGAUUCCACUUAGUUCAAGCCACGGCCUCCUUUGACUCACUCAACGACCGCUGGCGACAGGUGUCUGAUGAAAUGAGUGCAGAGAAGUUUCUCCAGCCAUUGGCUCUGCAAGACGAACUUCAGGAGGAAGUCAUCGGUGUGUCGGAAGGUCUUAACAGUAUCACUAACCAAAUCAAGCCAUACCUUCAGGAUCGAAGAGAACAAUUUUCACGGUUUUGGCUCCUGUCAGAUGACGAUCUUGUGACGGCAAUAUCCAUUGUUUUGGAUGGAGAACAUGCAAAGCCUUUCUUGCUGAAAAUGUUUACUACUGUAGCCAAGAUCAAACAGGAAAAGAACAGUCAGUUAAAUGCAAUGGAAGUUAUUGGUGUCUAUUCAAAAGAAGGUGAGUUCCUUGAGUUGAAUUCUUAUGUCCCAAUCUUGGGGUCCUUUGACACAUGGCUGCGCAAUAUGUCUUCAGGUAUAGAAAACACCCUGAGAGAGGGUGUAAAGCAGUGUAGGAAUAGCAUGAAAAUUGCAGGAGUAAGAGUGGAUGAGGUAAUCAAACUGUGGCCUCUUCAAGUUAAUGUUGUGGCAUUUCUGUUGCAUUGGACAAGUGAGACUAGCCGAGCUUUGGCAAAGUUCAAAGGUCACAUGAAUGCUGAACAGCUACAAUCCUUAAAGAAGCGUGUCCGGGAUUCACAAGUUAGGCUCGACAGCUCCCUUCAAGGUAACCUUUCGAAACUGAUGCGUGAGAGAUUUAGACUUUUUUAUUUGAUUAUCCUACAGUUAAGAGACUUCCUAACAGCAGCCUCAGAAAGUAGGAAGGGCUUAACAAGUGAAGGAGAGAUGCCCUUACGCUAUACAUGGGACAAGGACUCAGACAAUGUGCUGACACAGUUUGGAGCAUCAUCAGAGCUAACUUACUCUUGGGAGUACCAAGGGCUAUGGCCAUGCACAGUAUUUACACCUUCGAUUAACCGUGCAAUGGUCAAUGUGGCCCUAGUCCUGGCCCAAGGACUGGCAGUUGGACUCCACGGAGGAAACGGCUCAGGAAAGACCGAGAUCAUAAGGGCAAUGGCAAAUUUGGUGGGUCGCCAUCUAGUCUCUGUGACAUGCGCUCCAACCAUUACCUCUGUCCACUUAGCUCGGCUCCUUUUGGGAACAAGCCUCUCACACAGCUGGCUAGUCCUGGAGCAAGCACACCUUCUGAACCCAGACGUUGUGCCAGCCUUGGGUGAAAUGAUCCAGACGAUGCAGGCGGCACAGAAGGCAGUUGCAGGAAUCAAAGCUGGGAAGCCUUCAAAGUCACAACAGCAGCCCAUUAAGGUGUUCGAGGGCGUGAAGGUGAAUGUGUCGCCGCUUUCCGCUGUAGUGCUGGAGAUGAAUCACAAUUAUCCGUUCUCGAGAGACGCUAUGGACAUCCUCAGACGACAAUGCAGACCUGCUGUUACCGUCACUCCAGAUAUUCAGUGUGACCAUCGAAAGGCAAGUUCAAUAGACCAGUAUCUUUUUGCCAGCCUUGUAACAGAUUGCCAGAAGGCCCUGAUGACUACAUUUUCCUUCCAGCUUUUCGGCUUUAAUUCCUUCCCUCUGCUCGUGAAUCCCCAGCUUUGUUUGUACCCUGAUUCGCUUUAUAUCUGUUGCCUCGCCACACUCAUAAUCACCGAAUGUUACAUGGUAAUCGAAGGUUUCAAGGAAUGCACAUCACUGGCCCACAAACUUGGCCAGACAUUGGCCAGUCUCUCCACUUCACUGCCACGACGCCACAAAUACCAGCUGGGUGUAAGAAGUAUUCCUAUUAUACUUAAUCUUGCCAAGGAAGUGAUGAAGAGGCAGCCAGAAGUAGAUGAACUUGAUACCGUCCCCUUGGCUCUGAGAGAGUACCUGAUACCACAGCUGAGGGAAGAAGAUGCACCUAUCUUCAAGGAAAUGUUUCAGAUAAUGUUCCCUGAAUUUGACAUUGCUCCUUACGUUAAUGACAUUCUGAAAGAUGGUGUGACAGCAAUGAUGAAGAGUAGUAACUUGAUUGUCAAGGAUAGCUAUGUUGACAAGGUUCUACAGCUACAUGAUGCUAUCUCAAGGAACCAAACAAUCAUACUCUUUGGGAAAUCAGGAUCAGGGAAGUCCACAUCCCUAACGACCCUCGAGAAUGUUUACAACAAACUUAACUCUGAAGGGAAUGCCAGUUACAAGGCUACUAAGAGAGAGGUAAUAAAUCCACUCAUAGUUGAAGACACGACACUUUACGGGCCUUAUGAAGAUGCGAUUGGAAAAACAAAUGAAGGCUUCUUGUCACGGCUGGUAAGGAAGUCUCAGAAGUCCAGUCCAGUUCUUGAAACUUGGAUUGUCUUUGAUGGACCAUAUGGACACCCAUGGCUUCAUGAUUUCUUUGUCCACCUAGACGCAAGGAGCAAUUCUUUUAUGGGCAACAACCGACAGACUAUUCCUCUGCCUACCAACUUGAAAUUUAUCCUAGAGGUUGCUGGGGACAUUGGAUGUCUAACCCCAGCAGAACUGACCUCCUGCUUCGGUGUGUUCUUCCCGGCUCAGCCACUGUUAUGGGAAGAGGUUGUCCACAGUUGGCUGGGCACACUCACUAACUACAGAAUAUCCCGUGCCCUUCAGAGUUUGGUGAAGAAGAACCUCCCAAAUUUCAUAAACAUCCUACAAGAGAGUGAAGUGAAGAAACCUCACAUGAUCAUGAAGGCUAGAGCAUUCGUGGCUAUACUUAAUCACUUUUUAGACACUGAGUUGACACAGGCAGACACUGAAGACUGGGUAGAGAGGCUUACACCAGCUUUUAUUUUCGGCAUCAUCUGGUCCUUUGGUGCCUGCAUAUCCUCAUCUGAGGCCGACGAAUUUCGUGAAGUGGUGACGAGGAUGAUCGAAAAUGUACCUGAUGGAGGGAUUUAUGAUUACUGUGUGGACAUAACAUCAGGUCAAUUUAGGUCUUGGGCAAAAUUCACGACAGAAAUGGAAAUGUAUAACCCAUUUGUGAACACCAACAUUGUCAUGACUGACCGUAUUAUAAAAUACUCAAAGGUUUCCCAAAUCUUGAUGAGUCAGGGCAUUCCUGUCAUACUGAAAGGGAAUCCUGGGUCAGGGAAGUCGACCUUGAUAAAUGUCCUAAGACAAACUAUGAAUAGCACCACAGAUCUUGCUGUGGUCAGCUAUACAUCUUUCACCCAACCUAAGGACAUCCAAAGAACAAUCGAAGAAAACCUCAUGAAACAAGGCAAGGAUCUACUGGCAGGUAGAAAGUCAAAACUCCACUUGCUCGUUGAUGAUCUCAACUGCAGUGAAGGUGAAAAACACAUGCAUCAGGUCCUAGCAACAACCAAUUUUACUGCAAAGUACCGCAAAUUGUUCAAUCAUGAUAUUAAAUCUUUCCUUAGACUUCCUGAAAUUUGUUAUUUGUUCACUUACCAAACGAAAGAGUGUGUCUCAGGAGGGCAGGACGAUACCCAGAUGAUUAACAAUCAUGUUGAAAAUUUCUGGAUGGGGUCCUUUCAUCUGCUAACCCUACCCUCUUGCGAAAAUGCAGAGUUGGAAGGUAUAUUCUGCACACUCUUUGAUCAGAACCUAGGCCACUUUGAACAGGAAGUAAAGUGCUUGAAGACUGUAGUAGCAGAAGGGAUAGUACACUUGUACCGACGUAUGGGUGAAGUGAGCAAGCAAGUGUGUGGAGAUCACCUGCCUCUUGUUCACCACCCACGACAAGUAAUAUCUGUUCUGAAAGGACUUCAACUUGGGGAUGAAGAGACACAGGAUCGUGAUAAUUUCUUGAAGCAUCUGGCUCAUGAAUGCUUCAGAGUCUUCCAGGAUGUUGGUGUCAUACAACCAAAAGAAUUUGAAUAUCUGAUAAAUGAUGUAUUGUCAGAAUAUCUGUGCAUAUCCCUUGAUAAAGUUUGUGACAAUCCAGGCAUGUUCCUUCUGACCCGCCUCGCUAGUGAUGACAAUUUAUACACAGAUGUACAUGUUGACACUGUUCGAAAGGUGCUUAAGAGUGUAGGGCAGGCUCUGCUAGGUCCUGAUGGACUAUUUGCCAUUUAUGACAGUCUCAUCCACCAUACCAUUCACCUGAUAAGAAUCCUUGGGAAACAAAAGCCAAGAGAAGUAAAAUUCUCUAGAGCCCUAGAUAGCAUUGGAGGGCACCUCGUUUUAACUGGACCAGAGGGAUGUGGCAAAAAAACUUGUGCCCGCUUGGUGUCAUCUAUAGCUGGGUUCAAGACAUAUGACAUUAAUGGCACUGAAUCAGAAGCAGAAACUAAAGGAGAAGACAUUAUCAAGGAUCUCACUGAAGGUAUUUCGGUACUUAUUAUCAUUGACUGGAAUGUGUUGGGUGAUUUAAGGAGCAUCGCAUUUUUGAAUGAUAUUCUGGUUAAAAAACAGAAUACUGCAAAUCCUCAGGAGGUUCAGCAUACCUUACGAAUCUUGAUUUCCACUCCUACAUUAAAGGAAGCAUAUGAUAUUUUGAAGUACAUUCCUGCAGUUUCAAACUAUUACAAUGUUGAUUCAUUUCAAGAAUGGAAUACCGAAGAGCUUCAUACUGUCGCCAAGCAAAUUCUUAUGGAAAAAUUGGGGCAGUCACUGCCAGAACUGAAAGCACAAGCUGUAGCCGAAGUCAUGGCUUAUAUUCACCAAAAUAAUUCUAAAACAAAGUGGCAGCCAUCUUGCAGGUUCUUAGGUUUUCUAAAGUCAUUCUUGCAUCUUCAUGAUAAACUAUUAACUGGCAUCAUUGAUGAGAAAGAGAAACUCAACACAAGUAUUAUCAAGUUUGAGGAUACACAAAAACGUGUUACUGAACUCUCUAAACAGUUAGAAGAACAGCGUGCUCAGGUGACCUACAUCCAGCAGACAUGUGGCAGUGUUGUACUGAAGAUGCGCAAUAUUAAGUCUGAGCAAGGGAGGCUUGAGCAGGAUCUCAAUAAGAACUUGGGACUUCUGAAGAGGCAAAAAGAUGAGUCCAUAAGGAUCAGAGAACUCAUCAGUAGAGACCUCACAGCUCCAAAACAGGAAAUGAAAGCAACACAUAGAAAGUUGGAUCGUAUAACAAGGGCUGAGUUAGAAACACUCAAAUCCCUCUCUAGGCCUCCGCCAUCAGUUGAAUUGGUGUUUGAUGCAGUGCUAACAACCCUGGGACUUGAUCCUUCCUGGAAUGAAGCCAAGAAACAAAUGAGUAGUGGACUAAACUUCAUCUCAUCAAUCAGAAAAAUUCUAGUAGAAGAAACAGAUGAGAAAAUUCUGACCAGAAUUCAGGCAUAUUUGAAAAUGGAAGAUCUGAACAUGGAGAAAGUUACAGAGGAAUCAUUUACAGCUGCAACAUUCCUUAGUUGGCUUUGUGCUUUUGAAAAAUAUGUAAGAGUAUACAAAGACUACCAUCCUUUGAAAGUUCAGGCAGACAUUAUUACAAGAGAAAUUGAGGCAACAGAAGCAACAAUUAACCAAUAUCAAGAAGACUUGACUGGUUUUGGUAUGGAGCACAAGGUCCUAAUGGCUCAAUUGAAGGAAAAGGAACACCAGCUGGAAGUAGCUGAGGAAGAGAUGAAAGUUCUCGAAAGCCGAAUCCAGCUGGCCCAGAAGGUAAUGACGCAGCUUGGAGAAGACAAAAUUCACUGGGAGGAAGCAUUAUCGCAAUGUAGCGUUAAACUACGAAAUAUCUUCGGUGAUGCAGUCCUGGCAGCGGCUUAUGUGACUUAUUUGGGCACUUUUACCCAUGAAGAAAGACCUGAUGUAAUAAAAUCUUGGCAAGACAAGAUGAAUGAACUCUGCAUAUUCAAUACUGAAGACAGGACCAGCCUCGACAUUCUAGCUCCCAUGGAAUCCCAGGCAAAGUGGCACGAAGAAGGUCUGCCAAUGGACAAUUACUUGCUUGAGAAUGCAGCUAUUAUAUCCAACUCAGACUUGCCACAGCUUAUCCUCGACCCUCACUGUCUACUUGAACCCUGGAUUCACAAGAGGAGAGAUGCAAUGGAGAUCAACCUUGAAGAAGAGGAGUUUAUGGACGAGUUUGCUGAGGCAAUAUCUAUAGGCAGAUCAUGCAUCAUUACUCUAGAGGAGUUGUCCCUCCCUAUCAAAGUAUUGCAGAUUCUUGAGAUGGAGCGAGUAAAAUUGUCUGGCAAGGAUAAAACAUUACUCAAAGUUGGAGAUGAAACCUACGAGUUGCACAAGGAUUUCAGACUCUUUAUUAUUCUAAAGAGUAAUGUUGAAUACUUAGACAACAACAUUAAGACCCUUGUGAAUGUUGUAGACAUGCAAAGCAACCAGGAGGGUAUGAUGAAGUUGCUUACAAUGAGAGUUGCUUCCCACUGUCAACCAGACCUUAUUGAAUCCCUAAAGAAGAGCGAAUUCGACUUGCUGGAAAAACAAAACCAAUUAGCAGAGCAAGAGGCAACCAUAAGAAGCCUUAUGGCUCGUUUUGAUGAUGAUGUGCUUGAGGAGAGCACGCUGAUGGAGAUGUUACAGGCAGCAUGUGCCAAAGCAACAGAUGCAAAGAAGAAGUGCCAUGACUUACGCAAGUCCCUUGAUGCUGCUAAAGAGGGCAUAAAGACUUAUGGCAAGAUUUCGGGGCUCCUUACCGAAAUAUACAUCCUUGUGGAGCGACUCCCACUAUUCAACCCUUCUUUGGUCAUUGGGAUUGACAGGUUCAGUGCCCUCGUCAUUGGCGAGAUGCAGCCUCAAAACUUUGCCAAUGCCUGGGGCAGACUUCUCGAUGCUAACACGGUUAUCAAGAUGCUUCAAACGAUAUUCAGGUAUUUCCAAGAUCAAGUUGAUGAUAUUGCACUGGUGACAAUAGGCCUUGUGUUAGCCAUGUGGUACGAGUGUCACAUCGGUCUCACUACCCCCCAGUUUUGCUCUCUCCUGCAUGCCUCCUCCUCCUCACAGAUAGGAAGUCAGCUCUCAUCUCUUGAAUCCGAGAAGAAGGAACCAAAGGGCGAGAUAUCUUGUGCUGUGCCCAAGUCCUCUCAUCCUGUAUGGUUGACAGAUUCACAGUGGCUCGAAAUACUCUCCUUGUCUAAAGUAGAACCUUUCACAACUUUAAUUGAAAGUCUAACGACCCAUGAAAAGCUUUGGCGAGUAUGGUAUGUUACAGAGCAGCCAGAAACAGUGCCACUACCCAAUAAGUUGGAAAGAAAGAUUCGUGGGGUUGCCAAACUUAUCUUGAUAAACUGCCUCCGUCCAGACCGCCUGGAUGAAGCCUCUAUGAUUUAUGUAGAACGUGUACUGAGGGUGGAGGCUGAUCCUACAUCGGCUAAAGCAUUACUUGCUGUUGCUGGAAAGGGAUCACCCACUGAACCAGUUAUCAUCUACAGUUCUGCACCUCUUGAUGUGGAACACAUCUUGGGGCAAAUACAACCAUUGUGUCAUCCUGUCCUCAUAUCAAACCCAGAUUCUGUUAAUGUUUUGGCUCUCAGUGAAGGAAGAGAGGACUACCUGAACCUCAUCUUUCAGAAGUGUUGCCAGAAAGGAUUUUGGCUCCUUCUGAAAAAGGAUACAGAAGCUGAGUCAUGCAUAAAUCACUUAUGUAAACUUUUAAAGGAUAAGAGUAUUAAGGAAGCCCACAAGCGAUUCCAGAUUUGGAUGUAUUUACAGGAGGAAGACACACUACCGACCAACUUAAUGAUGUCCUGCCACAAAGUGUACCUAAGCCUCCCACAAACUGUCAAGGAAUCAAUAAUACAUUUAUACGAGCUCAUUGGUGAGUCUCGUCUCAAUGCCUACACUAACGAAUGGAGCAAAUGGUGCCUUAUGAGUCUUGCUCUCUUCCACAUCGGCUUUGUUACUCGCCAGGCCUUUGAAGACCCAAGUACGCCCCUCGCUCAGACGAUUGGAGAUGACCAGUGGGAAGAGGCAGAGGCUUGUCUAAGGUCCCUUGUGUCCGGAGCCCAUACAGUCGACGGCACACUUGUCCCAGCACUGCUAGAACAGCUCACAAGUAUCUACAUCAAUGGAGCAGUGACAGAAGAAAGCUAUAUCAUACUUACUCGCCUGCUGAAUGAAUAUCUAUCCAAUGAAGCGAUCCUGAAUAUUUCAAGUCGUGUCUCAGCUCUCACCCAUUACUCGGUACCACGAUCCACUUCAAUGGAGGACCAUACAGCCCAAAUGGAAUACAUUUACUUAGCUCAAAAUGUGUCACUCACCCAUGGUGCCCCAACACUUAUAUUUGAGAACCAGAGGAAAGAAGCUGAAAGUAUUAUCAUAGCUAUGAGACGAAUGGACAAAGCCAGUAAGUCAGAGGUGGCAACAGAGGCAGAUUACUGGAUUAAGAUGUUCACUCCAAAGCCCAAGAAGGAAAGCAGUACCGCACCAGCCCAGACUUCGCUACAGCUCAUCCUUAGGCAAGAGUUUGAACACUAUAUUAAGACAUCAGAAUCUGUUUUCUCGAAAUUGAAGCAGACAGACGAUAUUGAAUCUGUCUCUGAAAUCCUUGAAUCCCCAGAUCUCAAUCUUGUCCAGAACCAACAAGAUGCUGAUGAGUGUGACAUCGAGACGUUGCUUUGCAGAAUGCUUUGGCGUGGGUACUAUCUUACAGUAAUAGUUAACCAGCCUAGCCCCAUCAAAAGUAUUCGACUGGGCCUCCUGCAAGAACCUGCAGCAGCCUGGGCAGCUUUCAUCCGUAACAACUUUGGGGAAGUGCGCGCCCCAGGAAUGGAGGUGGCAGUCGUUACCCAGGCCCUGUGGGACAGCCUUGGCUUCAAAGCGGAGGGAGACAGUCGUGUGAUCGACGAAGAGGACGAAAUCACGACGCUCGUUCUCGAAAAGCUUGCUCUGGGCGGUGCCUCGUGGGAUGCAGACGCUGAGGUCAUUAUCCCAGAAGACCUGGCCGCUGCAACGCCCUUCUUCACGGUGCUGAACUUCACCAUCAUGCAGUUUACAGGCAAUGUGAAAAAAGAACUCAAGAAGUUGGGAGAAGCCUAUUGCACUCCAGUGUACGUAGGGUGCGGGAUGGACACGCCCCUGUUCUGGCUGCACUUGCCCCUUAGCACCGCCAUCUCCUGCAAGGACUGCCACCUGAGGGGAGUUCGCGUCAUUGCCACGUAGUGCGGGGAGAGAAUGGAAGAGGCGGGGAAGCGAAGGCAGAAAAUAAAGAAGCUAGAUCACUACACCGAAAGAGAGAGUAAUAAAAAUGAAGAAGAAUAAGAGAGGUAAAGAAAGCAGUGGAAGAGUGGAAGAAAAUAGAGAAAAGGGGGGAGGAAAAUAGUGAAGAGAGAGAAAGAAAUGGGGAGAGAGGGAGAAAACGAAAUUAAAUACAGGGGAGAGGAUGUUUGAAAGGGAUAAAUCUAGAUACAAUCAGUAGUAAAAUUUAAAUGAUUAUUUUUGUAUGAUUUGAUUAAUAUUAGGAAUAGUAUAUAUGUUUUUUGUGCAUUGCAUGCACAUACAUAUAGUAUAUACACAGACCAAGAAACUUGUGAAUAGCCACACACAUAUGAGUGUGUGUGUGUGAUAUGUCUUACAAGAAAAACACUGUGGAAGUUACAGGUAAAA